GUGUCGGUGGGCAGCCGGCUGGGGAUCUGCACGGUGGCCAUGCUCAGCAGGAUGGACGGGCCCCUGGGGCAGCGCGUGGGCCACUCCCUGGAGGUGCUGGAGGCCCUGCAGUGCCUGGAGGGCCAGGGGCCAGCGGAUCUGCAUCACCUGGUCACCACGCUAGGGGGCUCUCUGCUGUGGCAGUGCGGGAAGGCCGGCUCAGUGGGGCAGGGCGCCGCCCGCAUCGCAGCCUCGCUGGCUGAUGGCUCGGCCCUGGGGAAGUUCCAGGCCAUGCUGCAGGCCCAGGGGGUGGAGGCCGGCAUGGCCCGGGCCCUGUGCACAGGGACGGAGGAGCAGCGCUACCAGGUGCUCGGCCGGGCUCGUGCCCAGGAGGAGCUGCCCGCGGCCCAGGACGGCACAGUGCAGAGGGUCGAGGCCCUGCCCAUCGCCCAGGUGCUGCAUGAGCUGGGAGCCGGCCGCACCCAGAAGGGGCAGCCAAUCAACCACCACGUGGGGGCCGAGCUGCUGGUGACGGUGGGGCAGCGCGUGGCUAAAGGUUCACCCUGGAUCCGGAUUCACUACGACACCCCGGAGCUGAGCAACGAUCAGAGACGCACCCUGCAGGGGGCGCUGGUCCUGGCAGGCUCGGAGCCCUUCGCGCCCAGCUGCAAGGUCGCAGAGAUCAUCCUGCCACAGGGCAGCCGGUCACUGGAGGAGGUGACAGGGGAGCAGGGCUUGGGGAGCAGCCAGGCACUGCUCUGCUCUGCCUGAAGGGAGGGGUCCCCUGCCAGCUGGCUCCCCACAGCCCCAUGCAGACGCUGCCCCCAGGGACC